UAAGCAGAACUAUCGCCGAUUCUCGUGCUUACCGUCAACAUCUUUCACUCAUUCAUAUCCAUCUACAGUGUAUUGAUCAACAAUGAACGCAACUUCCUAUGACAAUUUGUCCUGGGCUGAAAAGCACUGGUCUGAAAUGUACGAAGGCCGCAACGAAAUCGUCGUUACCGGAAUGGCCGCAUUCGUGAUGCACGAAGUUGUCUACUUUGCACGCUACCUCCCCUUUUUCAUUUGCGAUUUCAUUCCCGCUUUCCAGAAGUACAAGCUUCAACCGGAAAAGGUCAAUGUUAGCGCUGAUUACUGGAAGUGCGUCCGCCAAGUCUUGUUCUGCCAUUUCUGCUUUGAACUGCCCAUGAUUUUCUUCUUCCACCCUAUGGGUCACUUGUUUGGCAUGAAGAUUACCGAGGUUCCUUUCCCUAGUUGGCAAACAAUGGCCAUCCAAAUCUGUGUUUUCUUCUUCUUUGAGGAUUUCUGGCAUUACUGGGCUCACCGUGCUCUUCACUAUGGCCCACUUUACAAGCACAUUCACAAGCUUCAUCACGACUACUCGGCUCCAUUUGGCAUGGCCGCUGAAUAUGCUCAUCCUGUCGAAACUAUGGUGCUUGGUUUGGGAACUGUUGCUGUGCCUCUUAUCUGGCUUAUGAUUACCAAGGACUUGCACAUCAUCACCAUGUUCGCUUGGAUUGUUCUUCGUCUUUUCCAAGCCAUUGAUGCUCACAGUGGUUACGACUUCCCUUGGUCCCUUCGUCAACUCCUGCCUUUCUGGGCUGGUAGCGAACACCACGAUGCUCAUCACCAACUGUUCAUCACCAACUACUCUAGCUCUUUCAGAUGGUGGGAUUACAUUUUCGGUACUGAUAUCAAGUACCGAAACCUUCGCAAGCGUCAAGCCUUGGCCAAGGCAAAGGCUGCUAAGGUCAAUUAGAACUGACUAGCUACCUAUCCCAUUUCCUUUUUAUUGCAUGCCAGGGCCCACUCUCAUCCUGACCAGUAUAUAAUUUUGCUUUGUUUCUCUAUAGAUCGGCUCUUACUUGGCUGUAAAGCUCUUAAUAAUACAUGAUAUAUUUUUAUUCAUUGACGGUAUAUGUUGCUAAGG